CCUCUUUUCUCUGUACUCUCCGCGAUCGGAUCGUUUUUUCUUCCGGCUUACUAUCACCGAUCAUCACCAUCCUCCGUUGCUCUCACCGGAAAACUCUCUUCCAUCUCAGGCAGCCGCACUUGACCGCCGCAGACUCUCUGCAACUCAAGCCACAACCACCAGAGGGGAUUCUCCCCUGAACUCGAGCCGCCAGAGAAAACGAAGAGAUAACCGGAGAAUCGUAAUCGCCGGAAAGAAAGAGAAGUGGAGAGAGCCAGAGAGCAGAAAUCUGGGACCGAAGAGUACACGCAUGAAAGGUACUUUCGCUAGGUUGCAACUAACAAGUGUAUGGCAUAUUGGAAGUAAACCAGUACCCAGAAAAGAAAAUAGAAUAUCUGUUCUGUUUCUUCUCAAGUCGCUUGGUUGGGAGUAUUGUUUUGUGAGUUAACAAACUAAGGUUGAACAAGUAAGAGCAGCAGCAGAAACAGAAUGAACAAAGGAGUGGGAAGUGGAGUGGGGAGUGGGCCAACAGCAGCUGCUGCAGCGGCAGCAGCUCAGAAGCAGAAGACAAUGAUGCAAAAGAUGGAAACAGACAUUGGCAAUAUUGUUGAAAAUUUUACCCAGCUUGUCAAUGUUGCUGGGGUAUGCUCAAAAGAUGAAUUGUCCCAGCUGUCCAGUGGCCGUCAGCUGAAUGAUCUACCAGUUCGAAAUUCACAAGAGGCUUUCAUGAUGGAGAUGCGAGCAGCCAGAAUGGUUCAGGCUGCCGAUUCUCUACUUAAAUUGGUGUCAGAGCUGAAGCAGACUGCAAUAUUUUCAGGAUUUGCAACUCUUAAUGACCAUGUAGAGCACAGAACAGCUGAGUUUAAUCGACAAGCAGAAAAAACAGACCGAAUGUUGGCCAGGAUAGGAGAGGAGGCUGCUGCGAGUCUCAAGGAGCUUGAAUCUCACUACUACUCUUCAGCACAGAGGACAUCUCGGUCACUGUGAGCCAUAGAAGGGAGACGUUUAAUGUUUUGAAAUGAGAUCUAGUUUUUCUAUAACUGAAAACAGCUACAUAUCCAAAAUCUGAAAACUCAAAUUUCACAGUUAUCUAGAGAUGAUGUUUUAACUUUUAUCUAGGCACUCUUUCUCCUUGUUUGUAAUGUCUGAUACAGAAUUGUUGACGUUGCUUGGCUAGCAUCUUCAUUGAGGGAGUAAGUUUGCAGGGUAUUUGCUUUAUUGUUUGGUUAAAAAAUGCAUACUGCCAGGUGCAGAUUAGCUCUCAUCUUCUCUACUGUUGUCCACGGGAAUAAGUUGUGAGUUCAAGG